AUGGUAUCAGAUAAUAUUUCUGGAGAGUAAAUAGCGAUCCAGAGCAGACGCAAUGAACAGGGAAUUGAGGAAACAGGUACUAGGUUGCUUCAAGCAGCUUCACAGAACUCGGCUUAAGGUCUUUGAGGGGGAUGCAAGAGCACUAAUUGCUGCCCGCCAGAGAAUAAAUGAAGAAUUUGCAAAAAACAGAAAUAUUUCAGAUGCUGAAGAUGUGAAAAAGCUUGUUGACUUUGGACAUCAAGUGGAAGAAGUUCUAUGUAAAAGCGUAGUUCAGGCUGUUCAGAAAGGAGAUGGAGUUUACACUGCCAAGAUCCGUGAAGAAACAACCAGACUGGAUAAUAAGCCUUAUACCGAAAUGCCCGAGAGUUUGAUUGGCCCAUUCAAGAAAAAAAGGACAAAAUGCAGUGACCAGGAAAAGUAAAAUGUAAAUGUAAAAAAAAAAGAAAAGAAAAGAGAAAAAAAAAAAAGAAACAAAAAGAAUUAUGCAUCUCUGUAUUGGAUGCACUGUAUAUAUAUCUGUAAAUAUCAAGUCUUAAGAUUAGCCAGGCAUAUUGUAAAAGACUGGCAGAUGAUUUAGAAAAUGGUAACUGAUCAGUCAUGUGAUUAGUUACUUGUUCUUUCAUUUUGUUAAUAGUAAAGUUAACUAAGAAAAA